UACGGGGGGCGGGGGCACGGGGGAGGCGGCCAGGCAGGGAGAAACGGCGCGUUUCUUGACGGUCCAAACAUGGCCGAGCAACGACAGGUAAAUGUCAAUGUCUGUCUUUCCAUUUACAUUCCUCUGUAUUUGCAACACCACUAAUAGAAUAAAUAUUUUAGUAAGAUAGCCCUAGGCUAAGGAUCCUUACAUUCGAGUCUACCUAACUAAUGCGAGCUAAUGUAGCUAUAAUGUUACCUAUGUAACCGCGACCGUGGUCACUGGUUAUGACCGUAGCCUGCUAACCAUCGUAAUAACUAGUUAUUAUUUUUGUUCUAAUGUGUAUUUUCAUUUGAGACCAUGUGAACUGAACUACAUUCGUUAAAUAGUGAGUAUGAACGAUAAUAGGCUACAUGCAGGCGUGUUUUGCUGGUAUGCUGAAUGCACUGCUUUACUUCAAAUUAAAUACCUCGACAUUGUAAUGUUAUGCAAUCGGAUAGAUCACUGUUAUUCACAUAUGUUAUUGAUAUCUUGCAAACACCUUUUUUCUUUCUUUCUUUUUUUUCAGCAAUUGUUACUCGACCACCUUUUUGAUCGACUGUACACUAGGCUAUCCAGUUGGCUUAAUCGUGUCCCUCUGGACCAUGACUACUUAGAAUUUGUUUGUUCACAGGAACUGACUGUGCUCAGUGCUGUUUCAGGCCAGAUAGAGAUUCCCCAGAACAUAUUGGAUGCCCUUGCACAUGCACAUCAGCUGGCCUGCACCCAAAAUAGCAGCCAGAGACAGAUUAGGAUGGCAGCCCAUGAAACAGGUGCUAUUGGUCGCCCAAGGCAGAUCAUUUCUGAGGAAUAUACCACACACCUUCUGGCCCUAGGAUUACCUGUGACAUGUAUUGCCAAGCUGUUAGGAACAUCUAGAUAUACAAUACACAGGCGUAUGGCAGAAUGGGGAUCAUCAGUAAGGGAAAAGUACAGCAGGCUUGAUGAUGAGGAACUGGAUUCCCUAGUGUCAGAAAUUCACACAAACUUCCCAAAUGCUGGUUAUAGAAUGAUGAAAGGUCUGUUAAGGGCGCAGGGGCAUACAGUGCAGUGGGAGAGGCUACGAGCCUCUAUGCACCGUGUUGACACAAUCAGCAUUGUGUCCAGGAUGUCACAGCUGCGUUGUGUUGUCAGGAGAACUUACUCAGUCCCGAGUCCAAGGUCCUUGGUGCACAUUGAUACCAAUCAUAAAUUGAUACGGUACAAUAUUGUGAUCUUUGGAGGCAUCGACGGCUACUCCAGAAAGAUCAUGUACCUACGUGUUUCCAAUAACAAUUUGGCCUCAACAACCCUGGCAUUCUUCACUGACGCUGUACAAAAUUUUGGAUUCCCACUGAGGGUUCGGGCGGAUCAUGGAGUGGAGAACGUUGAUGUGGCCCGGCUGAUGUUCUCUGUCAGGGGAACUGAAAGAAACAGCUUUAUUGCUGGAAGGAGUGUGCACAACCAGAGCAGGAUCGAGCGGUUAUGGCGUGAUGUAUACAUAGCAGUCACCAGCCGCUUCUAUGAUGUACUGCAUCAACUGGAAGAAGACGGCCUUCUUCAUUUGUCCAGUGAUCUGCAGCUUUUUUGCUGCCACUACGCCUUCAUCCCUCUUAUUCAGUUCCACCUGGACACAUUCAAGGAUGGUUGGGAUGACCAUCCCAUCACCACAGAAGGAAACCUCACACCCAAUCAGCUGUGGCACUUGGGGCAAGAAUACCAGUCUCCUGAGUGUGACGAGGUUCUUCACAUUCCAGACAUAGACUGGGAGAGCAGUGGCCUAGCACCCAGCGUUCCCAAUUCUGGAAUCCAUGUCCCAGAAAUUGAGUGUCCACUGAGCCCAGAGGAAUUUGCACAGCUUCAGGGUGCUGUUGACCCACUGUCAUCACGCAAUCUGGGUGUAGACACUUAUUUAGCUGCACUACAGUAUAUGCAAGGCAUAGGCUACAGGUGAUUUUUUUCAUCUAUCCAUUUACCAUUUACAAACACUUGGAGAGUCACUGUGAUCCCAACAGUUUUUAAUAAAUGUAAUGUGGUGGGGGAAAAUGCGUUGUCUUGCUUUUUUUUUUUUUUAACCAAUUGCACAUCAAGACACAUAAAGCUCUUCACAAUCAAGUAAAAAUGAAAAACGAAUAAGUUGAAGAUAGAACAAAGGCAAUAAAAUGCAAAUGCAAUCAUUUGAAGCUAUACAAUGGCCCAAAUAUUCCCAAAAUGGAGAAAUCAACACUGGGAGUCGAAAUAUAUACACAGGUCUCUUUUUUUCCCCCACAUUAAUGUUCUCAAACAAAUAAGGGAGUUUUUCCUCACCCUUGUUGCUACCGGGGACUAUAGGGAUAAUAGUUUAGCACCAGGCGACAUUUUCCCUUUUAAGUGACGUGUUCCCUAUCUACAUCCCCCACCCCCCUUCUCUCCCCAUUCCCCUCCCACCC